UUCCUGUACAGCUUUCAGUCGCUCUCCACCAUCAACAACAUGGCUAUACGCAGAAAAGACAGCUUCCUCUGGGGGAAAGUUCCACCGAAACUCCCCCCAGGAGAGAAGAGACAGGGGGACACCAUCAAGAUUCACAAGUUUGAGCUGCUGGAUGACAUUCAGAAGCUGAAGUUGGAGAUCGAUCACAUCAUGCCAGAAAUCCACAGUCCGGAAAUAAAGGAGCAGAAUAAAAAUGAUGUGAAGAACAGAAGAUUCUUAUGUGGGAAAAAGAAAUUCAACAUGGACCCCAAAAAGGGUGUCCAUUACCUGGUUGAAAAUUACCUGCUGGAAUGGCGAGCAGAGUCGGUGGCCGAGUUUCUUUAUAAAGAGGACGGACUAAACAAGACCGCCAUCGGCAACUUCUUGGGAGAAAGGGAGGAAAUGCAUCUGCAGACACUGAAAGCGUUUGUGGGCCUGCAUGAAUUCUCAGACCUGAAUCUGGUGCAAGCGCUGAGGCAGUUUCUGUGGAGCUUUCGUCUCCCGGGAGAAGCGCAGAAGAUUGACAGGAUGAUGGAGGCGUUUGCAACUCGCUACUGCGACUGUAACCCGGGGGUCUUCCAAUCCACAGACACAUGCUACAUCCUGUCUUUUGCCAUCAUCAUGCUCAACACGAGUCUCCACAACCCCAACGUCAAAGACAAACCCAGUCUGCAGCGAUUUGUUUCCAUGAACAGAGGAAUCAACAAUGGGAAGGAUCUGCCCACCGAGCUGCUCACGAAACUGUACGCGAGCAUCCGCAGCGAGCCGUUCAAAAUCCCAGUGGACGAUGGGAACGACCUCACGCUGACAUUCUUUAAUCCAGACAGAGAAGGCUGGCUCCUUAAAAUGGGUGGUCGAGUUAAAACCUGGAAGAGGAGGUGGUUCAUUUUGACAGACAGCUGCUUGUACUACUUUGAAUACACCACAGAUAAAGACCCGAUUGGGAUUAUUCCUCUGGAGAACCUGUGUGUCAGGAAGCUGCAAGACACAAGCAAACUGUAUUGUCUGGAGUUAUAUAACACCAAAGGACAAAAGAUCAAGGCCUGCAAGACGGAGAACAAAGGCAGAGUGGUGCAGGGUAAACACCAGUCCUAUAAGCUCAGUGCAGCCAGCGCAGAAGAGCGGGACGCCUGGAUCGAAGCGAUCAGGGCGAGUAUCACCAAAGACCCGUUUUACGACCUGGUGUCUCUACGAAAGAGGAAAGUCAUCAGCAACACUUCCUCGUAGUGUUUGGAUCCUGGACGCCGUGCUUUUAUGGAUCGAUCAUCCUGUGAUUUUAUGACAAGAGACUGUUCAGGAAAAAUUAAACCCAAACUGAAUCGCAACAGCAUUUUCACAGAAAUGAACAAAUUGGGAACCUGUUGAAGUGUAAAAAUAGAAAAGGGAACUUUAUGUGGCGCUGUAAAGUCUUCAUAUUACUUCUGCAAACUGCAGGCACCACUGCACUGCCUUCAGAGACCGACAGCCCUACUGACAAACAUCUGCUGCAGCUCGAAUCCGAUUGGCUACUUCUGAUGCCCCCCCACCAGAGUCACACGGUGAUAGGAAGUUGGCUUGUUAGUGUCAUGGAUGAAUUACUGAACAGGCCAACUUAAAUCAAACUUCUGUAUCAAGUGGCUGUCAACCUUUGCUGUAGGAAAGAAGUGCAAAACAACCGCAAAAAAACCCCCACAAAAAGAUACAAUAUGACCACAAAGAGACGCAGAAUGAAUAAAAUGAAACUCAAAACGACCACAAAGAGGCUUACAAUGACUAAAACAAGACUCAAAACAUCCAUAGAGAGACUCAAAAUGACCUCAAAGACAGAACACAUCCACAAAAGGACCACAGAGUGACCCAAAACAAACACAAGGAGACAAAAAACGACUAAAGAACAAACACCAAACUGCUACAAAGGAAGAGUGGCCCCGUCAUCUGUUGUGAUUCUUUCAGUUCGGGGGUUUUACUCUCGGGGAGGAGGGUUGAGGGUCUUUUAUGAGUCCAGGGGUCCACUGUCUCCUAAUCUGUCCAUUGCUGUAGGAUAUUUGGAGCCACAAACAGUAACGUUUUAUUUUAUAUUACAAUAUUUCAAUUAGUUUAUUAUACAUUCAUUCAUUACACUGAAUAAACAAUGAACGUUUAAUUAAUCAGGGCUUUAAAUUUGAGCCUCUACACAUGUUUUGAAUCAUUUUUCUCAUAUGCCCCUGAUGGUUCCAGGGUGGGUUAACCAGCAGCCGUCUACUUCUACACUUUUCUAAUUUCCCUCAGUUAUCACAUCAUUUAAAUGUCAUUUUCCUCUUUAUGGAUAUCAGAUCUUACCUUUAAUACUAACACAUUAUUGUAAAUACAGUAAAAAAAGCCUGGCGAGUAUUAAAAUUAACUUAUGAAUACAUGUUACUUUGAAACUGUACAGUAUAUUUUUUUAGCGUGAUCAUAUUUUACUGACUAUGUAUAAUUUAGUAACUAUAUUAAUGUACUACUUGUACAUUAAACUUGUAUAUUGCCCGAUUGUGUGUCUGUUUCUCCAGCAGAUGGAGGUACAUCAUCACUUCUGCUCACGUUCACACAUUAACUUUUACUUUGACACCCUGACUAUCUUUAUCUUGUUACUGCACCUGACGAUAAGAAUGAAGUGAAGCAGCUCAGAGAUCCUGUGGUUAUCUGAUGAGCAACUCUUUUCCUGUGCACUUCCUGUCGUGUGUGUGCAUCUGAUAGAGAGCUGUGGUUUCAACCAAACAAACAAAAAAACAUCUUCACUUUUCUUUUUGCUAAACACUUUUCCUCACCAUGUGUUCGUCAAAUAUGGAAGGGUUUGAUCGUUGAUUAUUUAUAUUACAAUUAUUUAAUGUAUUACAAGUCUGCAGUUGUUUAAAUAUGCAAAUGAGGCAUUCUCUUAUGAACUAUGUGCUAAUUUGCAUACAUUUUUACAGAGGGAAAGUUGGAUAUCUCUGCAUCACUCCAUUAAUCUGAAAAUACUGUCAAAAAUCUAUUACACCAUGUUUUUAGGAAUAUAAAGUUGUAUAAAUGGGUCUCUGAAUGAUGUGUGAACAAACCCCUCUGUGUUAACCUUCAGCACACAGAGGAAUGAAAGCGUAAAGUUUGGUG